UUGAUAUUUCAAGUGUACUUUUAAGUAACAGUGAGUGUAUAAUAAAAAGGUCCGAAGAUAUUUGUAAUUAAUAAAACUUCAAAAUCUUACUGAAGAAAACUUCAUAAUUUUAUUAUUAGAGAACUAAAUUGAUAUGGCAGAAGAUUUUGGAAGAGAUACACCACCUAUGUACACAACAAAUGAAGAAACAAAAACUGCUGGACAACCUCUUUCCGAUUUUUUAUUACAACUCGAAGAUUAUACGCCAACAGUGCCUGAUGCUAUCAGUGAACAUUAUUUACAUACAGCUGGUUUUAAUACAACUGAUCCUAGAAUAGUGAGAUUGGUUUCAUUAGCUGCACAAAAAUUUAUAUCUGAAAUAGCAAACGAUGCCCUACAACAUUGUAAAACACGUGGAGCCAAUCAGAACACAAAAACAAAAGGGAAAGAUCGGCGUUACACUCUUACCAUGGAAGAUUUGACCCCAGCAGUUGCAGAAUAUGGCAUCAUAGUUAAAAAACCACAUUAUUUUGUUUGA